CUUCCGGUGGUGUGUCAUGGCGGUGGCAUGGUGAAUCCUACUGAAAGGGAAAAAUAACUCGCCCCUGUCGCCCAUUUCCAUCGCUCCCGGACAGAUUUUCAUGCAUAUCUAACCCCUUCACCUCCGCUCUCAUACCUUGGAUUUACAGGCGAAGCGUCGCGGUGUCCCCCCGCCCGGCCAUGGCGGCUCACAAACCAGUGGAAUGGGUCCAGGCCGUGAUUACUAGAUUUGAUGAGCAGCUUCCGAUUAAAGUAGGACACCAGAACACCCACACCAAAGUCAGCACAGAGCACAACAAGGAAUGUCUGAUCAACAUCUCCAAGUACAAGUUCUCCCUCGUCAUCAGCGGCCUUACCAACAUCCUCAAAAAUGUCAACAAUAUGCGGAUAUUUGGGGAGGCUGCUGAGAAGAACCUCUACCUCUCCCAGCUCAUCAUCCUGGACACACUGGAGAAGUGCCUGGCUGGGCAAUCCAAGGACUGUUUGCGUCUGGAUGAAACCAUGCUGGUGAAGCAGCUCCUGCCAGAGAUCUGUCACUUCAUCCAUACGUACCGCGAAGGCCACCAGCAUGCUGCCGAGCUUCGCGCAUCAGCAUCGGGUGUCCUCUUCUCGCUCAGCUGCAACAACUUUAACGCAGUCUUCAGCCGCAUCUCCACCAGGCUACAAGAACUGACCGUGUGCUCAGAGGACACUGUGGACGUCCAUGACAUAGAGCUGAUGCAGUACAUCAACGUGGACUGCUCCAAACUAAAGAGGCUGCUACAAGAAACUGUACUGAAGUUCAAAGCUCUAAAGAAGCCUGCCCAACUAGCUGUCAUAAACAGUUUAGAGAAGGCGUUUUGGAAUUGGGUGGAGAACUACCCAGAUGAGUUCACCAUGCUCUACCAGCGGCCGCAGACAGACAUGGCAGAGGCUGCCGAGAAGUUGUUUGACCUGGUUGACAGCUUCGCGGAAAGUGCUAAGAGGAAGGCGGCAGUCUGGCCUCUGCAGAUCAUCCUCCUCAUCCUCUGUCCUGAAAUCACACAGACUAUCUCUAGAGACACUGUGGACGACAGCAAGGCCAACAAGAAGCUCUUCCUGGACAGUUUGCGGAAAGCCUUAGCUGGCCAGGGUGGCAGCAAGCAGCUGAUGGAGAGCGCUGCUAUUGCCUGUGUUAAACUUUGUAAAGCCUCCACCUACAUCAACUGGGAGGAUCACUCAGUCAUUUUCCUCCUGGUCCAGUCCAUUGUCAUGGAUCUGAAGGUCAGACCACUCACUCAUUUGCCCCCAACCAGGUGGCAAAUGGGUGAAAAGAUAUCAGCUUUGCUGUUCAACCCAGCCAAACCCUUCUGGCGGGGGACAGGCAGCCAGAAUGCAGACGUAGAGCUUAUGAUGGACUGCUUUGUCUCCUGUUUUCGCAUUAACCCUCACAACAACCAGCACUUUAAGGUCUGUUUGGCCUCUUCCUCUCCCCCGACCUUUCACUUUGUCCUGGUCAACUCUUUGCACAGAAUAAUCACCAAUUCCCAUCUGGACUGGUGGCCUAAGAUCGAUGCAGUGUACUGCUACUCUGGAGAGCUUCGCUUUAUGUUUUCUGACACCCUCAACCGGGUCAUCCAAAGCCUUGGCAGCCAUGCUCCACUACGCAUGACAACGAGUCUGACAUUCAAAGAGAAGAUGACCAGCCUUAAGUUCAAAGAAAAAGCCACAGAACUGGACACUCGAAGCUACAAGUGCCUCCUCCUCGCUCUGGUCAAGCUCAUACACGCUGACCCGAAACUCAUGCUGCAUAACCCGGUGAAGCAAGCCCCAGAGAUCCAGAGCAGCACAGCAGAGCUCAUCACUGGCCUGGUGCAGCUUGUGCCUCUAACAAACGCCACCCAGCUCUCCCAAGAGGCCAUGGAGGCUCUUUUAGUCCUGCACCAGCCAGAGACCAUAGAGCUGUGGAACCCCGAUGCCCCCAUAGAAACUUUCUGGGACAUCAGUUCCCAAGUGCUCUUCCUCAUCUGCCGGAAGCUGAUCGGCCAUCAGAUGGUCAAUGGAACAGAAGUGCUCAAGUGGCUGAGGGAAAUCCUCAUCUGCAGGAAUAAAUUUCUGCUCAAGAACAAGGAAUGUGCCACCUUGGGCAGUGGCAUACCCAUCUGCCGGCAGGCUCAGACCAAGCUGGAGGUUUCUCUUUACAUGUUCCUGUGGAGCCCGGAUGCUGAAGCGGUGCUUGUUGCCAUGUCCUGUUUCCGCCACCUCUGUGAGGAGGCUGACAUCCGCAGUGCUGCUGAUGAGGUUCCUGUCCAGACCAUUCUGCCCAACUAUGCCACCUUCAGUGAACUGGCCUCAGUCAGCAACAUGAUGGGCACAGGUCGCUCCACCUUGCAGAAGAGGGUGAUGGCUCUGCUGAGAAGGAUAGAGCAUCCCACUCCAGGAAAUACUGAGGCUUGGGAGGAGACAAAUAAUAAAUGGGAACAGGCCACCAAACACAUUCUUAACUUCCCCAAAAACAAGGCAGAUGAUGGGCAGCAGGAGUGGAUCAACAUGACGGGCUUCCUGUGUGCUCUGGGUGGUGUUUGUCUCCAGCAGCGUAGCACCCCUGGCCCAGCCACCUACAGCCCGCCUAUGGGCCCCUUGACUGAGCGGAAACAGUCCAUGAGCUCUUUGGGCUCCUGUGAAGUGUCCAACCCUGUUACCUCCGCUGCCUCAUGCUCCUCCUCAGCCUCCAGUGAGACGCCGUUGAGCCGCUUCCUGGACCGGCUGCUGGCCCUGCUGGUCUGCGGCCACGACAGGGUUGGCCUCCACGUUCGCACCAACGUCAAAGACCUGCUGGGACUGGAGCUCAGCCCUGCCCUCUACCCCAUGCUCUUCAACAAGCUCAGAAACAGUAUAGGCAAAUUCUUUGACACACAAGGACCAGUCCCUAUCAAUGAGACUAACACGCAGUUUGUGGAGCAGACCAUUGCUAUCAUGAAGAACCUGCUAGAUAACCAUACAGAGGGAAGCUCUGAACACCUGGGACAAGCAAGCAUUGAAACUAUGAUGCUCAACUUGGUCAGAUAUGUUCGCAUUCUGGGCAACAUGGUCCAUGCAAUCCAGAUCAAGACCAAGCUGUGUCAGCUGGUAGAGGUGAUGAUGGAGAGACGAGACGACCUGUCUUUCUGCCAGGAAAUGAAGUUCAGGAACAAAAUGGUGGAGUACCUGACUGACUGGGUAAUGGGAACCUCUAACCAAGCUGCUGAUGAUGACAUCAAGUGCCUGACAAGGGACCUGGACCAGGCCAGUAUGGAGGCAGUAGUGUCUCUGCUAGCUGGCCUUCCACUGCAGCCGGAGGAGGGAGAUGGAGUAGAACUGAUGGAGGCUAAAUCCCAGCUCUUCCUGAAGUACUUCACGCUGUUCAUGAACCUGCUGAAUGACUGCAGUGAGGUAGAGGACGAGGGCCAGGCAGUGGGUGGGAGGAAGAGGGGCAUGUCUCGCCGCCUGGCAUCACUUCGACACUGCACUGUCCUGGCCAUGUCCAACCUCCUCAAUGCCAAUGUAGACAGUGGCCUUAUGCACUCUAUUGGUUUGGGCUACCAUAAGGACCUGCAGACGCGAGCCACCUUCAUGGAAGUGCUGACCAAGAUCCUGCAGCAGGGAACAGAGUUUGACACGCUGGCCGAGACAGUGUUGGCCGACCGCUUCGAAAGGCUGGUGGAGCUGGUCACUAUGAUGGGAGACCAGGGAGAGCUACCCAUCGCCAUGGCGCUGGCCAAUGUGGUCCCUGGAUCUCAGUGGGAUGAGCUAGCCCGAGUGCUGGUGACGCUGUUCGACUCCCGCCACCUCCUCUACCAGCUCCUCUGGAAUAUGUUUUCCAAAGAGGUGGAGCUGGCCGACUCCAUGCAGACACUCUUCAGAGGCAACAGCCUGGCCAGCAAAAUAAUGACCUUUUGUUUUAAGGUGUAUGGGGCGACAUACCUGCAGAAGCUACUGGAACCUUUAUUAAGAGGGGUCAUUACUACCCCUGAGCACAUCAGCUUUGAGGUUGAUCCCACCAGACUAGAGCAAGGGGAGAACCUGGAGGAAAACCAGAGGAACCUGCUGCAGAUCACUGAUCAGUUCUUCCAGGCCAUCAUUGGUUCUUCCAGCGAGUUCCCCCCACAGCUCCGCAGUGUCUGCCACUGUCUCUACCAGGCUACUUGCCACUCUCUACUGAAUAAAGCAACAGUAAAAGAAAAAAAGGAAAACAAAAAAUCAGUGGUGAGCCAGCGGUUCCCUCAGAACAGCAUAGGUGCGGUUGGCAGUGCCAUGUUUCUGCGCUUUGUCAACCCAGCAAUUGUGUCACCCUAUGAGGCCGGCAUCUUGGACAAGAAGCCCCUGCCCAGGAUAGAGCGGGGUCUCAAACUCAUGUCCAAGAUCUUGCAGAGCAUUGCCAACCAUGUCUUGUUUACUAAGGAGGAACACAUGAGGCCUUUCAAUGACUUUGUGAAGAGUAACUUUGACUCAGCCAGACGGUUUUUCUUGGAUAUAGCAUCCGACUCACCGCCCAGUGACUCCGUGAACCACAGUCUCUCCUUCAUCAGUGACGGCAAUGUGCUGGCCCUCCACCGACUGCUGUGGAACAACCAGGAGAGGAUAGGCCAGUACCUCUCCAGCAACAGGGACCACAAGGCAGUGGGCAGGCGACCCUUUGAUAAGAUGGCGACCCUGCUGGCCUACCUAGGACCUCCUGAACACAAACCUGUGGCUGACACCCACUGGUCCAGUCUCAACCUCACCAGCUCCAAGUUUGAGGAGUUCAUGACCAGGCACCAGGUCCAUGAGAAGGAGGAGUUCAAAGCUCUGAAGACGCUCAAUAUCUUCUACCAGGCAGGCACCUCAAAGACCGGCAACCCAGUCUUCUACUAUGUGGCUCGCAGAUUCAAAACAGGCCAGAUCAACGGUGACCUGCUCAUCUACCAUGUCCUCCUCACCCUCAAACCCUAUUACGCCAAGCCCUAUGAGAUCGUCGUCGAUCUGACGCAUGUGGGGCCCAGCAACCGCUUCAAAACAGACUUCCUUUCCAAGUGGUUUGUGGUCUUUCCAGGCUUUGCCUAUGAGAACGUAGCAGCCGUCUAUGUUUACAACUGCAACACCUGGGUAAGGGAAUAUACCAAGUACCACGAGAGGCUACUGACUGGCCUAAAAGGCAGCAAGCGGCUCCAGUUCAUUGACUCUCCAGCCAGGCUAGCCGAGCAUGUUGAGCCUGACCAACAGAAGCUGCCCGCGGCCACGCUGACCCUGGAAGAAGACCUGAAAGUGUUCCACAAUGCCCUCAAGUUAGCCCACAAAGACACAAAGGUCUCAAUUAAGGUGGGCUCUACGGCAGUACAGGUGACCUCAGCCGAACGGACUCGUGUCCUCGGCCAGCCUGUCUUCCUCAAUGACGUCUACUAUGCCUCAGAAAUUGAGGAGAUCUGUCUGGUGGAUGAGAGCCAGUUCACGCUCACCAUGGCCAACCAGGGUACACCACUCACCUUCAUGCAUCAGGAGUGUGACGCCAUCGUCCAGUCUAUCAUCCACAUCCGGACACGCUGGGAGUUGUCACAGCCCGAUUCCAUCCCCCAGCACACCAAGAUAAGACCCAAAGAUGUUCCUGGGACCCUACUCAACAUCGCCUUACUCAACCUGGGCAGUUCUGACCCCAGUCUCAGGUCUGCAGCUUACAAUCUGUUGUGUGCGUUGACCUGCACCUUCAACUUAAAGAUUGAGGGCCAGCUGUUGGAGACAUCGGGCCUGUGCAUUCCAGCCAACAACACCCUCUUCAUAGUGUCCAUCAGCAAAACCCUGGCUGCCAAUGAGCCCCAUCUGACUCUGGAGUUUCUGGAGGAGUGCAUCUCAGGCUUCAGCAAGUCCAGUAUUGAGUUGAAGCACCUCUGUCUGGAGUACAUGACACCUUGGCUGCUCAACUUGGUUCGCUUCUGUAAGCACAACGAUGAUGCCAAGCGGCAGCGAGUCACCGCCAUCUUGGACAAGCUCAUCACCAUGACGAUCAAUGAGAAGCAGAUGUACCCCUCCAUCCAGGCCAAGAUCUGGGGGAGCCUGGGACAGAUAACGGACCUGUUGGAUGUGGUGUUGGACAGCUUUAUUAAGACCAGCGCCACAGGGGGGCUUGGCUCCAUCAAGGCUGAGGUCAUGGCUGAUACUGCAGUAGCACUGGCUUCAGGGAAUGUCAAGCUGGUCUCCAGCAAGGUUAUCGGUCGGAUGUGUAAGAUCAUCGACAAGACUUGCCUGUCGCCGACGCCCACUCUGGAACAGCACCUGAUGUGGGACGACAUUGCCAUCUUGGCACGCUACAUGCUAAUGCUGUCCUUCAACAACUCCCUGGAUGUUGCAGCCCACCUGCCUUACCUGUUCCAUGUGGUGACCCUGCUGGUGGCCACGGGGCCGCUGUCCCUCAGGGCCUCCACCCACGGUUUGGUCAUCAACAUCAUCCACUCUCUCUGUACCUGCUCCCAGCUCAACUUCAGCGAGGAGACCAAGCAAGUCCUGCGGCUGAGCCUGACCGAGUUCUCCCUGCCCAAGUUCUACCUGUUGUUCGGCAUCAGCAAGGUCAAGUCGGCGGCUGUCAUUGCCUUCCGCUCCAGCUACAGGGACCGCUCCUUCUCCCCAGGGUCCUACGAGAGGGAGACGUUCGCCUUGUCCUCCCUGGAGACUGUCACCGAGGCCCUGCUGGAGAUCAUGGAGGCUUGUAUGAGGGACAUCCCUGCCUGCAAGUGGCUAGACCAAUGGACAGAGCUCGCACAGAAGUUUGCGUUCCAGUACAACCCGUCUCUACAGCCCAGGGCAUUGGUGGUGUUUGGCUGCAUAAGUAAGAGGGUGAGCCACGGCCAGAUAAAGCAGAUCAUCCGCAUCCUCAGCAAGGCCAGCCCACUGCUCAGCAUAGACCGGGGUCUGGAGAGCUGUCUAAAGGGGCCAGAUAAUUACAACAGCCAAGUGUUAAUAGAAGCCACCGUCAUCGCUUUGACCAAGCUGCAGCCUCUACUCAGCAAGGACUCUCCCAUGCACAAGGCUCUGUUCUGGGUGGCUGUGGCUGUGCUGCAGCUGGACGAGGUCAACCUGUACUCUGCUGGGACGGCACUGCUGGAGCAGAACCUGCACACACUGGACACACUGCGAGUCUUCAACGACAAGAGUCCAGAGGAAGUGUUCAUGGAGAUCAGACGCCCUUUGGAGUGGCACUGUAAGCAGAUGGAUCACUUUGUAGGCCUCACCUUCAGUUCCAACUUCAACUUUGCACUGGUGGGCCACCUACUAAAAGGAUACAGACACCCAUCACCGACCACAGUAGCAAGGACGGUGAGAAUCCUUCACACACUGUUGUCUCUCAUCAGCAAGCACCUGAAAUGUGACAAGUUUGAAGUCAACACCCAAAGUGUGGCUUAUCUGGCUGCACUGCUCACUGUGUCUGAGGAGGUAAGAAGUCGCUGCAGCCUCAAACACAGGAAGUCACUGCUGCUCUCCGACCUCUCAAUGGACACAGUACCCAUGGACACCUACUCUGGUCACAUCACAGACCCCAGCUGCCGAACUUUGCGGGAGAAUCAGCCAUGGACAUCGCCCCAGGUUUCAGAGCGCUACCUUUCAGCACAUCCCUACCCUACGGUUGGCCAGGUCAGCCCACGAACCCGCAAGUCCAUGAGCCUGGACAUGGGCCAGCCCUCCCAGGCUACCACCAAGAAACUCCUAGGCACCAGGAAGAGCUUUGACCAUCUGAUAUCGGACUCCAAAGCGUCAAAGAGACCAGAGAUGGAAUCAGGCAUGACCACCCCUCCAAAGAUGAGGAGAGUGGCAGAAAACGACUACGAGAUAGAGACCCAAAGAAUCGGAAACUCUCACCUUCGUAAGGUGUCUGUAUCAGAGUCCAACGUACUGCUUGAUGAGGAGGUGCUGACUGACCCCAAGAUACAGGCCCUGCUGCUCACUGUGCUGGCCACCCAGGUCAAAUAUACCACUGAUGACUUUGACCAGCGGAUCCUGUACGAGUACUUGGCUGAAGCUAGUGUUGUCUUCCCAAAGGUCUUUCCAGUGGUCCACAACUUGCUGGACUCCAAAAUCAACACUCUGCUGUCCAUGUGUCAGGAUACCAACCUCCUGAACCCCGUCCAUGGCAUUGUCCAGAGUGUGGUGUACCAUGAGGAGUCGCCGCCACAGUACCAGCCCUCCUAUUUACAGAGUUUUGGCUUUAAUGGACUUUGGAGGUUUGCCGGGCCCUUCUCUAAGCAAACUCAGAUCCCGGACUACGCUGAGCUGAUCGUCAAGUUCCUGGACGCAUUGAUUGACAGCUACCUGCCGGCGGCGGAGGAGGAGCGAGGAGAGGAGCAGCUGCGGACCCCCACUUCGCCCUACCCCCCCGCCAACCAGAGCCAGCUCAGCAUCACCGCCAACCUCAACCUGUCCAACUCCAUGACCUCACUCGCCACCUCACAGCACUCGCCAGCCUCUUUGUCUUGCUCUAAGUCUGCUGUUUUUGCGCCACAUCUCCUCCUCCCAGGUGUGGAUAAGGAGAACGUCCAGCUCUCGCCCAGCUCGGCCCUCUCCAGCGGGGGCCGGACUCGCCACGGCUCAGCCAGUCAGGUCCAGAAGCAGCGCAGUGCCGGCAGCUUCAAGAGACCCAGCAUCAAGAAGAUUGUCUGAGGAGCCGGAGAACCAACACCCCCCCCUCCCAACACACACACACACACACACACACAAACACACACACACACACACACAUACACACACACACGCACACCUGCCCUUACCUUACCCCCGCCUCC